CUUUGCGCUCGGCCUCCGCGGGGAAGCAUGGGGCUGUCCAGGCUCCUCUGCGCCUUCCUGCUGGCCGCCUGCUGCUGCUGUCGCCGCGCCGCGGGGGUGCCUGGAGAGGCAGAGCAGCCUGAACCUGAGCUGGUGGAGGUGGAAGUGGGUAGCACCGCCCUCCUCCAGUGUGGUCCCUCCCAUUCCCAGGGCAACCUCAGCCAAGUGGACUGGUUUUCUGUCCACAAGGAGAAGCCUACUCUCAUCUUCCGCCUGCACCAGGGCCGUGGCCAGACCAUACCUGGGGAGUACCAGCACCGGCUCAGCCUCCAGGACCAGGGGCCCACCCUGGCCCUGGCACAUGUCACGCCCCAUGACGAGCGCAUCUUUCUGUGCCAGGGCAGGCACCCUCGGUCCCAGGAGCACCGCGUCCAACUCCGUGUCUACAAAGCCCCAGAGGAGCCAAGCAUCCAGGCCAACACCGUGGGCAUUUCCGUGGACAGGAGGGAGCCCGAGGAGGUUGCUACCUGCGUGGGGAGGAAUGGGUACCCCCUUCCUCAAGUCGUCUGGUACAAGAAUGGCCAACCUCUGAAGGAGCAGAAGGACCGGGUCCUCAUCCAGUCGUCCCAGAUCGUGGAGUCGAGCGGCCUGUACACCCUGCGCAGUGUCCUGAAGGCGCAGCUGCUCAAGGAGGACAGAGACGCCCACUUUCACUGUGAGCUGAACUACCGGCUGCCCGGCGGGAGCUACAUGAAGGAGUCGAGGGAGGUCACCGUCCCUGUGUUCUACCCGGCAGAGAAAGUGUGGCUGGAAGUGGAGCCCCAGGGGACCCUGAAGGAAGGAGACCGCGUGGAGAUCCGCUGUGCGGCCGACGGCAACCCCCCGCCUCACUUCAGCAUCAGCAAGCAGAACAGCAGCACCAUGGACAUGGAGGAGAAGCCCACGGACGACAACGGGGUGCUGGUCCUGGAGCCUGCCCAGAAGGCGCACAGCGGGUGGUACGAAUGUGUGGGCCUGGACCUGGAGACCAUGACGUCGCUCAGUGACCGGCAGGAGCUGCUGGUGAACGGCGUGCCCGAUGUCCGGGUGCGCCCCGAGGCCCCCGAAGGCCCCGAGGGCAGCAGCCUCAGCCUGGUCUGUGAGGCGGAGAGUGACGAGGCGCUGGAGUUCCAGUGGCUGCGAGAGAAGACAGGCGAGGUGCUGGAAAGGGGACCGGAGCUCAGACUGCACAACCUGAACCGGGAGGCAGGGGGAGGCUACCUCUGUGUGGUGUCCGUGCCCCGCGUUCCUGGCCUGAACUCCACGCGGCUGGUCAACGUGGCCGUCUCGGGGCCCCCGUGGAUGGCACUGAAGGAGAGAAGGGUGCGGGCGCAGCUGAACACGAUGCUGAACCUGUCUUGUGAAGCGUCCGGGCACCCUCGGCCCACCGUCUCCUGGAACGUGGGCGGACAGGCCAGUGAGCAGCCCCGAGGGGCACAGGGUGUCCUGAGCGUCCUGACAGUCCUCGUGACCGCUGAGCUGCUGCAGACGGGCGCCCAGUGUGUCGCUUCCAACCCCCUGGGCAGAAACACCACCAGCAUCGUCCUGGAGCCGGACGCCAACAGAACCACCGGGCUCGCUGCCGUCACCGUCGGUCCUCACACCCGAACCAACAACACCUCCGCAGAGAAGAAGCUGCCCGAGCCCCAGAGCAAGGGUGUGGUCAUCGUGGCGGUGACCGUGUGCCUGCUGCUGCUGGCCCUGCUGGGCGCUGUCCUCUACUUCUUCUACAAGAAGGGCAGGCUGCCCUGCGGGCGGUCAGGCAAGCAGGAGAUAACGCUGCCCCCAUCCCGUAAGAGCGAAUUUGUAGUUGAAGUUAAGUCAGAUAAGCUCCCAGAAGAGAUGGGCCUCCUACAGGGCAGCAACGGUGACAAGAGGGCUCCCGGAGACCAGGGAGAGAAGUACAUCGAUCUGAGGCACUAGCCGCGGAGCCGCACCGAGCUCCUCUUCCCGCCGGG